AUGCUAUUGUAUAUUAUCCCUCGAAAUCUUGACAAGAUGCCACUAAUUGCCAGCUCAAUUAAUGAAAAUUCUGGUAUUCCUCCCGAUCCUUUACAGUGUAUGACACCACCAAUUAAAAUCGUAAUGAUAAAAGGCCUCCACGUUCAAGCCAUUGCCGAGACUGUGAAAAUUGUGUUGGGAAGUGCAUUUUCUUUACGAUCAUCAUUGUAUCUGGCUCAACAACUGUAUCGGAAAAAGAAACUAUCGCACAUUUUUGUAUUCAUUGUAACAGGAGCAUUUCUUUCUCUCUCUGUCUUUGCAUUUUCACUUGCGCACCUUAUGCUUCUGUACUUUAAUGACCCUGAACAACCGGAAUUUAAGAUACUUGCCAAAUAUGCUCCUGUCAGUUUGCUGCUUACUAUUUUCUCAUUUUUGCUUAUAUUCCCUAUUGGCUAUCUUACCGAAUUUCAUUAUUAUAUUAUUUGUGCAGGAGUAACCACCCACGAAAAGUUGAAACUUAAUUCAUGCUGUUUGUCACCCAAGGUCAAAGAGUUACAUGGCAGACAAAAGUUCGUUACACACCCACUUCCUCUCCAAACUAUAAGCAUGACAACUUAUUUAGCUGACAAUAGAUACAGUACCAUUAGCCCAACACUUUAA